UUCCAAUAGAUGGCGCCGCAAGCUGAAAUAUGUUAUUAAAAAGGUGAGGCUAUUCAGUUGGUUUGGAAAAUGUAAAUAAAAUUUUCAGUUCAUGUAAACAAAUUUACAUGGUAGAUAAACAAACUAGAAAAGUCUUAUUUUUAGCAGCAUUCUGUACCAGCUAAGAUCAUGAACUGAUCAAGUAAAUAUUCGUUAAUUUCAAUUAGAAAUAAAUUUGGUAAAGUAAGUGGAUUGAAAACAAUGUUAGGUUAUUGCUUUAGUAAUGUAUUGGAAGAUAAGUCCGAAAUACAGGCUUUUUAGGUAUUAGUUCGCUUUGCAUUGUAACAUUCUUCCGCAAAAUCGCAAUGCCUAUUUUAAAAUAGAAAUUACUUCAAUAAUUCAAGAGGAAUGAAGCUUAAAAUACUAAUGCAUGUACACGAAACAUUCUGUGAUGUGGACAUUUAAUUUGAUGAUUUUGGUAUUUAAUAUUCAAAUGAUAUCAUCUCGAAAUGAUCCUAAAAAUGAUCCCAGAAGCAAUGGAGAUUUGGCCUUAUGGAUCGAUGAAAAACAGGUGAAAAUGUUUAGUGGUAUGUCCAUGGAAAUCUAUGCCAUUGUUAAUGGUAACGUCCUACCAUACAUUCUAGAUCCAAACUUUGAAAAAUAUCUUCCUGUGAUUCCGUCUGAAGUCAGCUAUGUAAAUUUUACAUGGAAGGCUGGAAAUAAAAAGUAUUAUUAUCAUUUUGACCGUCUUCAAUCCUACGACCAAAGUAUUCUAGAGGCACCAGUUAUUUCUAUUAAAACUAAAGGCAGGGUUCCAAGACGCCCCAAAGAAUUUAGCAUCUUUUUACCAUGCAUUGGUAAUAGUUCUGGUAUAGCUAAGUUUGGCAUUGGACUGCUAAUUGAAACUAGAAAAGGAAAGCCUCUAAAUGGAACACCCUUAAGACUGAAACUUAAAAAGGAAUGUGCCCAAAGGAAUCCAGAUCCUGAAUGUGACAAGAAAUGUGCCAAUCAAGGCAGAUGUAACCAUGAAAAAAUAUGCCAGUGCCCUGAGGGGUAUAUGGGGCCUUAUUGCAGAACUGCUUUAUGCUAUCCUCAGUGUAUGAAUGGAGGCAACUGUACUUCCCCUGGAAUUUGCAGCUGUCCUCCAGGAUUUCAAGGAAGACAUUGUGAAGGAGGUAUUUGUGGUGAGAAAUGUCUAAAUGGUGGAAAGUGUAUCCAAAAAGACACAUGUGAAUGUUCUAAAGGAUACUAUGGACCCCACUGUGAAUAUUCUCGUUGCAUUAUCCCUUGCCUAAAUGGUGGAAAGUGCAAAGCUGUAAAUAAGUGCAGGUGUCCAAGAGGAUUCCGUGGUGAUCACUGCGAAAUUGGAAGAGCAAAACCUGCCAGAAGCAACUGCCAAUUGGCAUGCAAACAUGGUACUUGUGUAGAUGAUUCUUGUGUCUGUGAUCCUGGGUGGUAUGGCAGGCUGUGCCAUCACAAAAAAGGUGUUCUUGUAUAACGUGGUUUUUCUCCUGAUUUGUUGCUGUGAUACAUAUUUAGUAUUUUUUCCUGCAAAAUACUACCACAAAACAUUCCUGAAAGCGUUUGUUGUUGAAAUGAUCAUGUAGGAUGCUCGGGCCUCCAGGCUAGAAGUACUUAACCAAUCUGUGACUUCCGUUAUUGAACAUUACUGUUAUUGUGCUAAUAUUUUAACGGCCAUCUCGUCGAGACAAUAAUAAAUAGAUGUUAGUAAAUGUUCUAAUUUUGUCUUUGAAUGUUUUUAUUUAUAGAUUUUAUUACAAGCUCUAAAAUCCAAAGCCUUAUCACUAGUGUGCCAAAAUAUUUUUGUAUAAAUUUUUAAUAAUAUUUAUGUUUGAUUUUAGUGUGAUAUGAAAUGUACGUAAUAUUCUAAAAAGUUAAAUUUUUGAUUUGAUAAUAAAUGUUAAGAUAAAAA